AUGAAGUAUAAGAGAGGAAGCAAGAAAAUCAGAUUAGUCGGAUCUUUCAUAGAGAUCAAAGCAAGAAAAUCAGAGCUACAUGUACGCCAAUCAUGGCAGAAUAACAAAUGGGUUGUGAUUGGAAACCGGAACAAGAAGCAAAGGUACACUCAUGAUAGUGUUAGUGAUACUAGUUCUAUUGGUAGUUGCAGUGUUGAUGAUAAAUUUCAGAAUAUAAAAGAAGGUGAUAUUGAAAGUGAUGAUGGAGAGUCUGUUUGUGAAGGAUGGUAUUUUGGGGAUAAUAAAAAGGAGUUGGGAUUGGGGGCAGAGAUACAUAGGUUAGAGUUGAAGGCGUAUAGGCGUACAAUUGAGGCAUUGCAUGCGUCAGGGCCAUUAAGUUGGGAAAAAGAAUCAAUGGUAACAAAUCUUCGUAUGUCGCUCCAUAUAUCAAAUAAUGAGCAUUUGAUUCAUCUUAAAAACUUAAUUUCUUCUUCAAGUAGUAUUCCUAAUAGAUGA